AUGCCAGGGCCUUGGGGGAGGUGCAUGGGCAGCGACUGCGGCCCCGGCGGCAGCCAGAGCCGGGCGGUGUGGUGCGCCCACGUGGACGGCUGGACCACGCUUCACACCAACUGCAACCAGGCCCAGCGUCCAUCCAACCAGAGAAACUGCUUCCGCGUGUGCGACUGGCACAAGGACCUUUAUGAUUGGCGGCUGGGACCCUGGAACGAGUGCUUGUUGGUGUCCCCCAGGGCCUUGGAUGCCCCGCGCCUUUUCACCUGUAGCGGAGGCAAAGAGGGCAUCCAGACCCGGGAGGUGGGUUGCAUACUCAAGUCAGAUGGAUCUCCAGCCGAGGACGCGAUCUGUGAGUACUUUGAGCCUCAGCCCCGCCUGGAGCAGGCCUGUUUGAUCCCCUGUCCCCAGGAGUGUGUGGUUUCUGAAUAUUCUCCGUGGACCUCUUGCUCUAAAACAUGUGGAACCGGCCUCCGGAACCGGGUCAGGAGCGUCUUGGUUCCUCCUCUUUAUGGAGGAGCCAUGUGCCCCAACCUCACUGAGUUCCAGUCAUGCAAACCAGGGCCUUGCAACGGUCCAGAGGGCAUGUACAGUCUCAGGGUCGGGCCCUGGAACCCCUGCAUCUUGCCACAGACCCGGACGGCGCGCCAGGCCAAGCGCAGGAAGGGUAAAGGUCAGGGAGGGGACAAAGAUCCGGAGACAAGGGAGCUUAUCCAGAAGAAAAGGAUCAGGAACCGCCUAAACCGGCAAGAGAGUUCUUUCUGGGACAUCCAGGUGGGCUACCAGACUCGAGACGUCACCUGCAUUCACAGAAACAGCAGCUCUGUGGGACGCAGCCUGUGCAGCCAGCGGGAGGUGCCACUCACCAUCCAGUCCUGCGUCCUGUCCAAAGACUGCCAGGUGAGCGACUGGAGCGCCUGGGGCCUCUGCUCCGAAGCCUGCUCUGACCCCGCCUACCCCCGAGGACGCCGCACUCGGAGCAGACAGGUGCUCCAGUUCCCCGUGGGGGACGGCACAGAGUGCCCGCCGCUGGACGAGAGGGAACCGUGCGUGCCUGAUGGUGACUCCUCGAUGCCCUGCGCCGCCUACACAUGGAGGACCACUGAGUGGGCCGAGUGCCGAGUGGACUUGUUGCUAAGCCAACAGGACCGUCGGCGUGGCAACCUGACGGGACUUUGUGGGGGAGGUCUGCAGACCCGCGAGGUCUACUGUGUCCAGGCCAAUGCCGAGCUCCUGAAGUACAUGGAGGACGUCAGGGAGAAGGACAAAGCUGCUCAGACCCAAAAGCAACAGAAGCCUAGUGUCCCUCCCCUCCUGUCCAUCUCCUUCCAGAUCACAGCUUCACGCCCAGUGGAGAACUCGCUGUGCGAGGGUCCCGUUCCCGAGCGGUCCCAACUGUGCCAGAUAGCCUGUCCCAUCGAGUGCCAGGUGUCGCUUUGGGGCGCUUGGGGGCCGUGCACCUUCGAGAACUGUGACGAUCAGGCGGGAAAGAAAGGUUUCAAACUGAGGAGGCGCCAGAUCACCAACAAGCCGACAGGGGGCCCUGCUAAUUGCCCGCACCUGGUGGAGGGGCUGCCCUGCGACGAGCCCACAUGCUACGACUGGCGCCUGGUCGGGCUUGACCGUUGCGUCCCCGCCGAGCAGAGGGCCUGCGGGCCUGGCACGCAGCUGGCACAGGUCCAAUGUGUCAACAGCAGCGGGGAAGAGGUGGACAAAAGUCUGUGCUCAUCCACACCGCCUCAGGAGCCCGUGGUCUGUGAGGUGCCUUGCUCCAGGGACUGCGUGCUCAGCGACUGGACAACCUGGUCCACCUGCUCUCAGACCUGCUCCAGUAAAACCAUUGAGGGCAAGCAGAUGAGGACUCGCUCCAUUCUGGCCUACAACGCAGGAGAAGGUGGCGCCCUGUGCCCCAACAGCAGCGCCCUCCAGCAGGUGCGCAACUGCAACGAGCACCCCUGCACCGUCUACCACUGGCAGACCGGGCCUUGGGGGCCGUGCACCGAGGACCCCUCCACCGCUUCGUCCCUCAACGCAUCGGCGGCGGCCUCUGCCAGCACAGGCCCCGGUGGCUGCUCCAAGGGCAUGCAGACCCGGAAGGUCAUCUGUGUGCGCGUCAACGUGGGCCAGGUGCCCCCCAAGAAGUGUCUCCCAUCUGGAAGAAAAGAUGCGCAGAGAAACGUAGACAACGGCAUGAGCAGGCAGCCAGAACUACCCCACCAGGUUCAACACACACCUCCUCCACGUGUGGAGAAACCCGAUGUGCAAUGGGUCUUCACAGCCACACGAGUUGGGCCUAUUGGCUCCACAGCAGAGGAUGAAGGAGGAGAUGAUGACGAUCUACUCCUUUUUAGAAAGCAUAGUUCAUUUCGCUACCUCUCAGGUGUGGGACUCCUGCCAGCUGCGGCAGCUGGCCAGGAAGAGUUAAGGCAGGCAAUUUUUGGCCCUUUCCUCAUGCCAGGAGCUGGCAACGCCGUGAAAAAGAAGCAAUCAAGGAAGCGUCUCAUCAUCCAGAAUCCUUCCAAUGGAGGCCAGGACUGUCCCGAGCUGCUGGAGGAGGAGAGAGACUGUCAGCUCCCGGAAUCAUGUCCAGGCUUCAGGUGGAAAACCCACAAAUGGAGAAAGUGCCAGCUGGUCCCUUGGUUCCUCAGGCAGGACCGGCCUGGCGCUCAGGAGGCCUGUGGACCGGGGCUUCAAACACGAGCUGUGUCCUGUCGGCAGCUGGACGGCACACAGGUGGACGUCAGCGAGUGUCUGAAGUCGGCCAGGACCAUGCCGGCCAUCACGCAGCGCUGUCAGCUGCCCUGCCAGGACGACUGCCAGCUCACCAACUGGUCCAAGUUCUCGUCCUGCUCAGCCGACUGCGUGGGGGUGCGCACCAGAAAGAGGACACUAAUCGGGAGGAGCAAGAAGAAAGACAAGUGCAAGAACACGCAGAUGUACCCCCUGAGCGAGACCCAGUACUGCCCCUGUGACAAGUACAACGCCCAGCCGGUGGGGAACUGGUCCGACUGCAUCCUGCCCGAGGCGGGCCGAGCUGAGGGCACGUUGGGUCUGAAGGUCCAAGGGGACAUCAAGGAGUGUGGACAGGGCUACCGCUACCAGGCCAUGGUGUGCUACGACCAGGACAGCAGGCUGGUGGAGACGUCGCGAUGCAACAGUCACGGUUACAUCGAGGAGGCGUGCAUCAUUGCCUGUCCCUCCGACUGUAAACUUAGCGAGUGGUCCAACUGGUCCCGCUGCAGCAAGUCCUGCGGCAGCGGAGUCAAAGUGCGCUCCAAGUGGCUCCGAGAGAAACCUUACAACGGGGGGCGGCCUUGUCCCAAGCUAGACCACGUCAACCAGGCUCAGGUGUACGAGGUGGUGCCCUGUCAGAGCGACUGCAAUCAGUACGUGUGGGUGGCCGAGCCUUGGAGCAUCUGGAAGGUCAGCAACGUGGACCUAAAGGAGAACUGUGGAGAAGGUGUCCAGACCAGAAAAGUCAGGUGCAUGCUCAACACCAUCGACGGCCCCUCCGAGGCAGUGGAGGACUACCUGUGCGACCCAGAGGAGAUGCCUCUGGGGGCCCGCGAGAGCCGGCUGCCCUGCCCGGAAGACUGCGUCCUCAAUGACUGGGGCCCGUGGAGCCGCUGCAGCCUGCCGUGCACCAAGAGCAAGAGCCGGGGGCGCCUGGCGUACACGCUGCGCUCGCCCAGCGUGGGAAGGCUUUGUCCGAACAGCAGCGAGGAGGAGCCCUGCGGCCUCAACCUCAACUGCUUCAACUACUUCUACAACAUCACGGACUGGAGCACAUGCCAGCUGAGUCCCAGCGCCGUGUGCGGGAAGGGAAUCAAGACCCGCAUGCUGGACUGCGUCCGCAGCGACGGAAAGUCUGUCGACAUGAAGUUCUGCGAAGAGCUGAAUCUGGAGAAGAAGUGGCAGAUGAACAUCUCCUGCGUGGUCGAGUGUCCCGUUAACUGUCAGCUGUCCGAGUGGUCGGCAUGGUCACAGUGCUCUCAGACGUGCGGCCUGGAGGGUAAAAUGUGGCGCCAGAGGUCGGUGGUUCAGGCCUCGCAGGGCGACGGCCGUCCGUGUUCGUCCCAGAUGGAGCAGUGGAAGCCGUGUCCUGUCCGUCCCUGCUAUCGCUGGCAGUACAGCUCCUGGUCCGAGUGCAGGGUGGAGACCGUGGUGUGCGGUCACGGUACUCGCUACAGGAACCUGACCUGCUUCGUGUCAUACGGCGGCGAGGAGGGCGAAGGCAGCCAGGUGGACGAGGAGCUGUGCGGAGGCCUGGACUUGUCGGUGGACGGGGAUAAACGAAUCAGCCUGAAGGAGGCCUGCACGCUGCCCUGUCCAGGUGAGUGCUACCUGAUGGAGUGGUCGGACUGGAGCACCUGCGUCAGCAUCUGCGCCAAGGAGGCCGGUGUGGACUUCGGUUCCGUUCAGGUUCGCUCGCGUGCCGUGUUGGCCCAGGAACCUGAGAACCUGCAGCUGUGUCCGGACCAGGCCUGGGAGUCUCAACCCUGUACAGGAGGCGAGUGUUACGAGUACAAGUGGCUCAGCAGCGCUCCACCCGACUCAUCCCGCCCGCUCAUCUGGUGCCAGCGCUCCGACGGACUCAACGUCACCGGGGGCUGCCCUUCCGUCACCCCCAUGGCGGACAUCGGCGCCUGCGACCCGCCUUGUGUCCCGCCGACGUCCUUCUGCAGCGAGGCGGGAGUGUGUGUGUGCGAGGAAGGCUUCACAGAAGUGCUGUCCCCCAGCGGGCUGCUGGCCCAGUGUGCCCCCAUCCCUGUCCUGGAGAUCCCCACAGCGGGGGACAAGAAAGGGGACGUGAAGACCAGUCGUGCCAUUAACCCCACGAUGCCCGCCACCACCCAGCCAGGGCGCACGGGCCGGACCUGGUACCUGCAGCCCUACGGACCAGAUGGCAAGUUGAAGAUUUGGGUGUAUGGGGUGGCUGCCGGAGCCUUCGUGCUGCUCAUCUUCAUCGUGUCCAUGAUUUAUCUCGCUUGCAAAAAGCCAAAGAGACCUCAGAGACAGAGGCAGCAAAACAAUCGCCUCAAACCUUUGACGCUGGCCUACGACGGGGACACGGACAUGUAGUCGUGCUGAGGGGGACGCGUGGCUUCACCUAUCACGGCGGGGACGAGGUUAUUUUUGUUUUUUUUCUGUCUUUUUUUUUCUUCUUGUGCAGCACGAAGGGAGAAGAAGAAAAUCAUUUUAGAGAACACCAGAACAUCUCUUUUUUUUUACUGUGCAAGUCAGUCAUGACCUUUGCCCUCUU